CGACUUUUCGAACAUAUGCAAAAUACUUUUACAGAGCCAUGUCUGGUUGGCUUCUUUCUUAACCAAACAAGCAACCUAUGUGAUCAGUGCCCUGCCGGCCUGUAUAAGGACGUCGAAAGUGCGAGCACGUGUUCAUCAUGUCCUAAAGGGUACACAACACAGGUGUCUGGGUCCAAGUCCGAGUCUGAUUGUGUCAAAUUAUGUAGUCCGGGAACAUAUUCUGCAAGUACGGUUGAGAUAUGUAAUGUAUGUCCCCUUGGUUACUAUCAAGAUGGGUAUGGACAGACGACAUGUAAACAAUGCCCUUCCGGUACAACAACUGCAUCAACAAACAGUAGCUCUGCUGAUUUCAGCCAUUAA